GACGGGUUAAUUAUACAUGUAUUAAAAACAAUCUUUCUAUUAGCGAAUCAAUGUUCUAAUAACCUGGAGAUUUAGGCAUCGGAGGGAUUUAGUGUGAAUACUGUCUAAGGGCGGUGCAGACAAACUUUAAAUUUUCCUCAUGUUCAGAAAUAAGGGUUUUCAAAUGCAUUCAUUAUUAAUUUUUUUUACAGCUGCCUAUUGAGCCGCUUACGUUGUGCUGGAGUAGUUAGCUAUACAGAAAAAAGAGGGAGGAGAUUGCUGAGCUGGCAGGCGUCUCCUUCAUCCGACAGCUUCUUUUUCCUUCCUGACGGUGUGACAAGAGCAAUAGGAGCCGCUGCAGAGGGACGCGAUGCAGAAGAAGAGGUGGCGCUUGGUGGCAUAGCGAUACAUACGCGGUCAGAUCGCCGCAGCUCCCAGGCGAGGGUCCAGCGAGAGGAGACGCGAAAUUCCGCAUCCCCUGCAGCACUGACGAUCCAGCCCCACCAGGAUGACAGUGGCGGCUGUGGAAAACUUGGACGAGUCCUCGGGUCUGCCCGAGCAUCCGCAGGAGACGUUCGCCCAGGACCACAAUGAGUACGAAUGCUGCGAGAGGGUGGUCAUCAACAUCUCGGGCUUGCGCUUCGAGACUGAGCUCAAGACACUGGUCCAGUUCCCCGAGACUCUGCUGGGGAACCCCAAGAAGAGGAUGCGCUACUUCGAUCCCCUGCGAAACGAGUACUUCUUCGACAGGAACCGCACCUGUUUCGACGCGAUCUUGUAUUAUUAUCAGUCGGGCGGCAAGUUGAGAAGACCGGUCCAUAUUCCGCUGGACAUGUUCGCGGAUGAGAUCAAGUUUUACGAACUUGGCUACGACGCCAUGGAGAAAUUCCGAGAGGAAGAGGGAUACGAAAGGGAGAAAGAGCGCCCCUUGCCCGAAAAGGAAUUUCAGCGCCAGCUCUGGCUCCUCUUCGAGCAUCCCGAGAGCUCCAGCAGCGCCCGGGGAGUCGCUAUAAUAUCGGUGUCGAUCAUUCUCAUCUCCAUCAUCAUAUUUUGUUUAGAGACUUUGCCCGACUUGAAGACUGAUCCCACGCACUACUUCCGAAUCGUGGGCAACGUCACUUUAUUUUACAAGCCAAACAUACUGCUCAACCCAUUCUUUAUUGUGGAGACACUGUGCAUCAUUUGGUUCACUUUCGAACUGCUAGUGCGAUUUUUCGCCUGUCCCAGCAAGCCGGCUUUCUUCCAGGAUAUAAUGAACGUCAUAGAUGUCGUGUCCAUCAUCCCCUAUUUCAUAACUCUGGGUACCGAGUUGUCGGAAGGGGGGGGAGAAGUGGAAGACCUGAAAGAUGAUCAGGGGGGGUCCCUGGCCGUCCUCAGAGUGAUUCGUUUGGUUAGGGUGUUCCGCAUCUUUAAGCUGUCCAGACACUCCAAGGGUCUCCAGAUUUUAGGGCAGACCCUCAAGGCCAGCAUGCGCGAGCUGGGCCUGCUCAUCUUCUUUCUCUUCAUCGGUGUCGUCCUCUUCUCCAGCGCCGUCUACUUUGCAGAGGCGGAGGAUAAGGAAUCCCACUUCGCCAGCAUUCCCGACGGCUUCUGGUGGGCGGUGGUAUCCAUGACCACUGUGGGCUAUGGGGACAUGUGCCCGGUGACCGUUGGGGGCAAGGUAGUGGGCUCCCUGUGCGCCAUUGCUGGAGUACUAACGAUCUCGCUGCCGGUGCCCGUGAUCGUCUCCAACUUCAAUUACUUCUACCACAAGGAGACCGAAGGGGAAGAAGAAGCGAAGCUCCUCAACAUCAGCACCCAGAACAUCUCGUCGGACGGCGAGUCCAGUCGCCGCGGCUCGUCCAUCAUCAGCAAGUCCGAAUACAUGGAGAUCAACGAGGACAUGAACAACAGCUUCGACAACUUCAGGGAUAUGAACCUGAGAACUGGAAACUGCACAGCGAACAAAAACGUCAAUCAGAACAAGAUUUUAACCGACGUCUAAAACUUAGAUACAGCUUUAUAGAAUAAUCCAGAUCACCCAGCGUAAUCAAUCUAAUAUGAACGGCAGUGCAAGUAUUAGGCAAAAAAGUCAAUACAUUAAAAAAAAAAAAACGACAUUUAUAUUAAAAUGUGAUUAAAAUAUAGAAAUAAUAUAUUAGAUCUACACCAUAUGCAGGAGGGAGAGCUCUUGUCAGAGAUGAUGCGAUCACUAAAAUAUGAAAAGAAAGCAGUCACAGCAUCGUAUCGAUCCGAGUUGUGGACCUAUAGGGGAUGCUUUACUUAAGUGAAAAAAGCGCGUCUCUUCUAACUAAAGGAAGGUGCAUGAGGUAAUAGUAUCGGGAACACUAGGCCUACCGUAUUAAUACUGCAACUUCGCCAGGUAGGAACUUUGCCAUAUCCUUCGGUAAUUUUAGCAGCAGUGACAGACAGUUCGCUCAAGUGAGUGUUACUCUCUACGUUGCAGUAUUAGAAAGGUAGAUGUUUCCUCAUAUAACUAGAAACUGUUUUUUAAACUGAAAUUUCGCAAGUUAUUGUUUAAAUGGUUGAUAAAUUCCUUUAAAAAGUAUUAUUUAGAAAAGUGCUGAAUGUCAGAUCCCGAGUUUUGAAUGCCAUAGCAUGUACAAAUACUGAACAAUUUGUGGUCUAACUAAGAGCAAUGUAUCCUGCUAUAUUUGAUGCAUGACGUCAGUAUUAGAAGUUCGUGGUAACUGGGCAAAUCGGGGGGACGUAAUGGUUUUCCCAGUCGUGAAAUAAGCAUCUUUCUAAACUCAUUUUAUAUUAACUACGAACCGAUGCAGCAUAACAAUAAGAGUUAACAUGGUUGUAGAAGCUUUUCGACACACAUACUCUGUAGAACCAUCCGCUUCUAGUUUGAACACCGUCAGCUCCUCGACGUUCACAAACCAAUAUAUAAAAAUAUACAGGCAACGCACUCACCAUAUAACUGUUUCAGCUUUAAACCCAUUCUAAAAGUAGGUAUUGCGCAAAGGACACUCGUGAAAAUAUUUUUUUAUCCAAAAUUAUAGUAUAGUGCCUUUAAAUUAAACACACUAGACCCUUUUAAAAGUUUCCCUUGCUGACUAAAUUCAGAGAAAAGCAGACAAUCCUUAUUAGCAAAAUAACAUACAAUUAUAAUAAUUCAGAUUUAAUGUACAUCUUCAACUUCUACUCAACACUUUGCUCUUUGCUGCUCCUCGAAUGUACGUCUCUCAUGCAUGUCACUGAGAGUCAUAGCAGGUUAUCUAAACCACGGAUCUCUGUUGGACCACUUCGUUCUGAGCCCAAGAUCCUUGGUCUCUGGAUCCAUGGUGCCUAUAUCUGUGAUGAUCUAUCAAACAAGACCGACAAGAACUUUUCACACGUACCUGAAGUGGUUGAGAAGUGCAUCAGUGAUGCAAACUAACUUUUGACAAUGUAUCGUAUCUUAUUUUAUUUUUUCUACUAGGUGCAUAUGAACUAGGUGUAUUUAUUUCAAUUAACAUGGGAGUAGCUUGAAAAUCUAUGCAUAAAUAUAUAUAUUUAAAAAGCACUGAGCCUGUUGCUCUGCAUGCGAGCAAAUUUAGCACUCCUGUUGGGGUGGGGCGAUGAAAUACUGCUGUAACAUUUAUUUAGCUUAAUAUUCAGCUAGCAAGGAGCACGAGCUGUGGUGAAGUGAGCUAAUCUAUAGUUACGUCUGCAAUGAGGAAGAUCCGCCACACGCUGAAAGACAGCCUAACAGCCUCCGAGAAUUUACAGCUCAGCAUUUUGUAAAAAGCUAUUCUAACUAAAAAAAAAGAAGAAUGGAUGAAAAAAGACUGCUUUCUACAACUAAAGACAUGCCUUUCUACAAAAAAUGUGUAUCAUUGGAGAUCCAUCCAUCUGUACCCUGCUUGUCCAGAAUAAGGAUUGAAGGAGAUUUGAAAUAAUACGUCAAGAGAAAUAUGAGCGUCAAUUUUGGCCGUGAAGCUGUAAUUAUGAGACUGCGCCUGGGUUGGACAAGCCACGGUGCAUCCGGGGAAGAUUAAAAAAAAAGGCAUGCAGACAGAAUUAAUAAAGAAAAGUCAUCAAUUCAGCUUUAAUAUUGCUAAAGAAGCGAGAGGAACAAUGCUGCUCUGCUUGAAAUCAGAGAUUCGCGCACAAAUGUGUGGUAACUAUAUUCAUAUAUAUUUCUGAAAAGAUGGUACUCUAUAAGGUUAGGCGUGGUGGUCAAGCAGCCGAACACCUUUUUUCACUCAGCUGAGUGCCAUGAACCAAAGACAAGUUCUAAAUGAAAAUGCAGAUAUCUAUUUAACACUGCGUACUGUUCCUAAAAGUACCGCACAUCUUAUUUCAGCCGUUAAGCUGUUUACUGCAAUACAAAAACUGUAGUGAGAAGUUCUGAGGCAAUGCAUUAUUAUAUGUAAUUAUUUAAAUUUACUUAAAUUAAUAACAGGAGACACCUACAGCAAUCUAAUCAGUACGCCAUACUGAGAUCUUUAAAAAGCAGUUUCUGACCAAUGUCACUGAAAGUUAUCGAACUUUAAAAAUCUAAAGUGCCAUUUUGAUGGGUCAUCUGACUGCAAGUGACAAAGGUUGGGGCCACACUGUUGUACAUUUAAAAAAAAUCAAGGUACACAUUAAGGGACAUUAAGAGGCACGACGAGACUACGAAACAAAAUAUUGGCGCAAUGAUAGUUGAUACAAUCAUAUUUCUACGACAAUAAAUGUGAAGUACAAUUAAACAGAGGUACCGUUACCCAAAUGACAGAAUAUUUAAUGGCUAUUUUAAGUUAUACGGAGAGAACUUGACCUCAGCCUGGCUCAGUAAUUUUGGUACCUAUAGAUGUAUUGCUCGUCUGGCUGCACUUCCAGUUGUAACUGGAAAUACUUACCGUUCCUUUUUCCGUUUUCUUUUUCUUCUAGUUGCUAGUCUAUGAGGGAUGAGGUACAUGAAAAAACAGUCUGAUCUGUGACCAAUGACCUAUGCAAGGGUAAUUGUUUCGUUUUCUGUAUGAUUUUGCCAUGUAUAGCACCCAGUUCAAUAAAUUUUUUAAAGAUC